AUGACUUCUAUGGUUAGAGGCCAUAGUAAAGAAGCUAGCAACACCCAAAUGAUGAGAUUACCAAAUCUGCCAUCUCUAAUCGAGUUUGGUAAAAUGAGGUUUCUGAUCUUUGACGCCCCAAGUCCGGUGACUCUUCCCACAUAUGCUGCAGAAAUGGAGAAAAACAAUGUUGUAGAUGUAGUGAGGGUGUGUGAACCCACAUACGACAGAGCAGAACUAGAAAAGAGAGGGAUUAAAGUGCAUGAUUUACCAUUUGCUGAUGGAGAUCCACCACCAAGCACUGUUGUAAACUCGUGGUUGGAUCUAGUCCAAGAAAGAUUCAUAACCAACAAGGAUAAGGCUAAUGGCGUGGCUGCUGAUAGUCCUGGCCCUUGUAUUGGAGUUCAUUGUGUAGCUGGACUGGGAAGAGCACCAGUACUGGUCGCGAUGGCUCUUAUUGAAGCAGGAAUGAACCCGUUGGACUCUGUCAUAUUUAUUCGGGAAAGAAGAAAAGGAGCAAUCAAUGCUCGCCAAUUGAAAUACAUUGAAGGAUACAAACGUAGGUCCAAGGAGAAAUCUUGUAUCAUAUGCUGA